UCAAGCUCUGUCCGGCGCUUCGGGUAUAUUUCUUGUGCUUCAAAGGGCCGCUCAUCAGUCUCCAACCGCCAAAAUGGUGAAACAGAUCGAGGGCAAGAUGGGGUGAGACCAGUGAAGUACCUUAGAUGACCAUUCACAAGCUUUUAAGGCCCCAGAUGCUACCCACCAAAGAGGAUUUCCAGGCAGCCUUGAACAGUGCUGGAGAUAAACUUGUAGUAGUUGACUUCUCAGCCACGUGGUGUGGGCCUUGCAAAAUGAUCAAGCCUUUCUUUCAUUCCCUCUCCGAGAAAUAUGGCAACGUGGUGUUCCUUGAAGUCGAUGUGGAUGACUGUCAGGAUGUUGCUUCAGAGUGUGAAGUCAAAUGUAUGCCAACAUUUCAGUUUUAUAAAAAGGGAGUAAAGGUGGGUGAAUUUUCUGGUGCUAAUAAGGAAAAACUUGAAGCCACCAUUAAUGAAUUAAGCUAAUCAUGUUUUCUGAAAACAUAACCAGCCAUCAGCUGUUUAAAACUUACCUUUUUUUAUUUACAAAAAAGAAAGAUCAAGUAUGAAGACUAUAUGCCCAACUGCCAUCUGAUUAUAAAUGACAAUAAAAUAUUAAUUUUACCCUUUUUAAAA